AUGUGGUGCACGACGUUUGUCAGUCUGAAUCGAUUGACUACUGUGUUAUUUCCAUUCUCGUAUGAGAGGUUGUGGAAAAAGAUGUAUCCAAUCGCGGUGCUUGUUACCGUAUUCCUUCCGGUCUGUUUCAUGUGGCAUCUUCUCGUUAGCCCCGUGAAAUUCGUCGUGACGAAUGGGGCAUUAAGCUUCGAUUAUGUACGCACCGUCACUUGGAUGGUAUUCUACUACACGCUCUACAUCGCCGUAAACUUCGACUAUUUCGCUCGUCUCUACGCGGUACGACCUCUCUUCUGGGAUCUCUUGACUCUCAGCCCACCCUGGACACUUCUCAUCCUGAGCACAGAUAUCAGGACACGGAUCUUCACGCACAUGGUCGGCCCCAUCGACGUCAGCUUCAGCGCCACUCGGUCCACU